AUGUCAAAGAAACUUGCCUUGUGGUCCUUCGAGGGAAAGGAUCAUAACCUAGAGUCCCUCGAUUCGAUGCCCCAUCCAGACCAUGGCCAUGGGGGCGAAGGCGAAAAAGCGGAAUCGAUUUUUAUGGAUAACAAGGAUCAUCGUGAGCAGGUCCCUGAAGCUCAGUUCGCAGACGGUGGAACAUAUCGCUCCAUCGUCAAGAUUCAGAGCCUCCUUCCUAGGACCGAUCGGCACCUUGGUCGGCACGGCUGCGGGAGGAGUGCUCGGUGCCCUCUCCAGGCCGGAAUCUUUUGA